CCAACCUCAACCAACAAUUUUGGGUCAAGAGUCCAGAGUCCACCCCAAAUAAACAUUGCAUAUUCUUUGGCUUCACACACACUCAAACCUCAAAACCAAAUGGCAUUGUCAACACUCUUGCACAUCAAACCACCUCCUCCGUUUCCUUCACUAAAAUCCCACCGCUCCUUCUUCCCAAUUCUCCCCCCACCAAUCCCAAUCCCAAUCCAAAACCCUAAACCCAUCAAACACUUCACUAUGCAGAGGCCUCAUGCAUCCACCACUGUGCACAGUGCUGUCUCCGGCGCCUUCACCCUGAUCCGAUCCUCGCCCGCCACGUGGCAGUCGGCAAUCCUCAGCAACCUCCUGAUCUUCGUUCUGGGCUCUCCGAUUUUGGUUUCUGGGCUCUCUCUUACCGGCAUUGCUGCUGCGUUUUUGCUCGGAACUCUCACUUGGCGCGCUUUUGGGCCAUCUGGGUUUCUCUUGGUGGCAACCUACUUCAUCAUUGGCACGGCGGUGACAAAGGUGAGAAUGGCACAAAAGGAGGCUGAGGGGGUAGCUGAGAAGAGAAAAGGAAGGAGAGGCCCAGGCAGCGUUAUUGGAUCCAGUGCUGCUGGUUGCAUUUGCGCUUUUCUCACGAUAUUUCUAGUAGGAGGAAAGGCAUAUUCCCGGCUGUGGCAACUAGGGUUUGUUGCCAGUUUCUGUACUAAGUUGAGUGAUACUGUCUCCAGUGAGGUGGGAAAGGCAUAUGGGAAAACAACGUACUUGGUAACAACAUUGAAGGUAGUUCCAAGGGGAACAGAGGGAGCUGUGAGUCUCGAGGGAACCCUUGCUGGACUUUUGGCAUCUGUUCUUCUUGCAUUUGUUGGUUGUCUCAUGGGUCAGAUAAAUGGACCUGAAGCAAUUAUAUGUGUAAUAGCUUCCCAAAUAGCAAAUGUUGGUGAGAGCAUUAUAGGUGCUGCUCUUCAAGACAAGGAAGGAUUUCGAUGGCUCAACAAUGAUGCUGUGAAUGUCAUAAACAUAUCCAUGGGCAGCAUUUUUGCCGUCUUGAUGCAGCAGGCAUUACUCAAAAACUUAUAUAUGUAAAUUCAUGAAGAUGGAAGAUGCUUCUCCUAGGUGCCACGCUAACACAUAUCAAGUAGGAUGCAUAUAAAACCCCUGGUGACUGAAAACAGACCAUUUUCCUCUACGAGGGAGACAGAUUAUGAGCAUUGCUUCGUCUCUGAAGCAUAUGUGAAGUUCAAGUUCUUUUCCGCCUUCCAAUUUCUGGUUUGACAACUGGUGAAGUCUAACUGGUGAAGUCUAAUUGAGUCGUUGGGUAGUAAGCCCCUUAGAGUUGUAGAUUACCUUUGGUGUUUAUACAAUGUACGUAUAAGGAUGAAGAAAUGGCCAUUUAAAGUUAGAAAGUUAUUUAGAAAAUGUCUUGGUUAUUUUUACUAUUUGUCAUAUACAACAUGUAUAUUCCAUGGAAAUUUAAUUUAACUGAUAAUAAUUUGAUUUUCCUUUGGCUCA